CCCUCUCUCUCUUCACAUUAUUAUAUUCUCUCUGUUUCUUCCAAUCCAAACCAAUCCAAUCUCUCUCUCUCACACAGAAACUAAAACUGAACAUAGCAGUUUUUGUUUUGUUUUGUUUACAAGGAGGCCAUGACCCAAUCACCAUCUCUAGUCGAACAGGGUCUUUCUCAACAGCAUUUGAAGACUGUGUCUUGUGCCAAUGUUCUCACUUUGGCUUACCAGAGCCUUGGAGUGAUCUAUGGAGAUCUUAGUACAUCGCCUCUUUACGUUUACAAAACCACUUUCUCUGGGAAACUUAGCCUCCAUGAAAACGAUGAAGAGAUCUUUGGAGUCUUCUCUUUCAUCUUCUGGACAUUCACACUCAUUGCUCUCUUCAAAUACGUUUUCAUUGUUCUCUCAGCUGAUGACAAUGGAGAAGGUGGGACAUUUGCGUUGUACUCCCUUCUCUGUAGAUAUGCUAAGUUAAGUAUAUUACCAAAUCAUCAAGAAAUGGAUGAGAAAUUAUCAACGUAUGCAACGGGAAGCCCUGGAGUGACUCGGCAGAGCGCAGUAGUUAAAUCAUUCUUUGAGAAACAUCCCAAGUCUCAAAAGUGUUUGCUGAUCUUUGUGCUUUUAGGGACAUGUAUGGCCAUUGGUGAUAGUGUCCUCACUCCAACAAUCUCAGUUCUUUCAGCUGUUUCUGGAGUCAAGCUCAAGAUUCCUAACCUUCACGAGAAUUAUGUUGUCAUCAUCGCUUGUAUCAUCUUGGUGGCGAUAUUCUCAGUCCAGCGUUAUGGUACACAUAGAGUCGCCUUCAUCUUCGCACCAAUCUCCACUGCUUGGCUUCUCUCUAUCAGCUGCAUUGGAGUUUACAACACUAUAAAAUGGAACCCGCGUAUAGUCUCUGCGCUUUCUCCUGUUUACAUGUAUAAGUUCCUUAGAAGCACCGGUGUAGAAGGAUGGGUUUCACUUGGAGGAGUUGUUCUUUCAAUCACUGGUGUUGAGACUAUGUUUGCUGACUUAGGUCACUUCUCUUCUCUGUCCAUUAAGGUGGCGUUCUCGUUCUUUGUAUACCCUUGUUUGAUUCUUGCAUACAUGGGCGAGGCUGCUUUUCUCUCUAAGCACCAUGAAGAUAUUCAGCAAAGCUUCUACAAGGCGAUACCCGAGCCUGUGUUCUGGCCAGUGUUUAUAGUGGCUACAUUUGCAGCAGUAGUUGGAAGCCAAGCUGUUAUAUCCGCAACGUUUUCGAUCAUAAGUCAAUGCUGUGCGCUUGAUUGCUUUCCUCGUGUCAAGAUCAUUCACACUUCAAGCAAGAUACAUGGACAAAUCUAUAUCCCUGAAGUUAACUGGAUGCUGAUGUGCCUUUGCUUGGCUGUCACAAUCGGGUUAAGAGACACUAACAUGAUGGGUCACGCCUACGGACUUGCUGUGACCUCUGUGAUGCUUGUGACUACAUGUUUGAUGACUUUAGUGAUGACUAUUGUAUGGAAGCAAAGAGUCAUUACAGUUCUUGCUUUCUUGGCCUUCUUCGGUUCCAUUGAGCUUCUCUACUUCUCGGCAUGCGUCUACAAAAUACCUGAAGGUGGUUGGAUACCUAUUCUUCUCUCCUUAACGUUCAUGGCGGUUAUGUACAUUUGGAACUACGGAACUACAAAGAAACACGAGUUCGACGUUGAGAACAAGGUCUCGAUGGACCGGAUAGUCUCUCUAGGACCGAGCAUCGGAAUGGUGAGAGUUCCAGGAAUAGGACUUGUCUACACGAACCUUGUGACAGGAGUUCCAGCUGUGUUCGGACAUUUCGUGACGAACCUGCCUGCGUUUCACAAGAUUCUUGUGUUUGUAUGUGUGAAGUCAGUUCAAGUACCUUACAUAGGAGAAGAAGAGAGGUUUGUGAUAAGCAGAGUUGGACCAAAAGAGUAUGGGAUGUUUAGAAGUGUGGUUAGGUAUGGAUACAGAGACGUUCCAAGAGAGAUGUAUGAUUUCGAAAGCCGGUUAGUGUCUGCUUUAAUCGAGUUUGUGGAAACCGAAACCGAAGAAGGAGAAGAAGUGUCGAAUGUGAGGAGAAAGAAAGAGGAAUGUAUGGAGAUAAUGGAAGCUAAAGAAGCUGGAGUAGCGUAUAUACUCGGACACUCGUACGCAAAGGCGAAACAAUCAUCGUCGCUGUUGAAGAAACUAGCUGUCAAUGUUGUGUUUGCGUUUAUGAGCACGAACUGCAGAGGAACUGAUGUUGUGCUUAAUGUUCCUCAUACUUCUCUCCUUGAAGUUGGAAUGGUUUACUACGUCUAAAACAGUAACAUACUUAGCUUUAACUUAAGAAUCAAUACAGUCUAGUAGUAGUAGUAGUACAGUACACAGAGAGAGAGAUCUAACUUCACUUUCAGUUGUUUUAGUAGAGAAAUUUUCAGUAAGUUUUAAUAUGUAAAUAUACUUUGCUGUUAAUGGAUGAAAAAUCAAGAAAUGAUAAAUCUGUAAUUAGAUAUAUAUUUAUAAAAGAUCAAAUACAAUAUGUUAAAAACAGAAUUUGGAUAUUCAUGAUAUUUCCUGAAGCCAAAUUAGUAUACAAACCUCUAUAUCUUGUUUUAAGCCCAAAGAGCAAGCAG